GUAACGUUUCUCUGGAGAUGAGAUGAAAUGGGAAGAUCCAUGUGAAAGACAUUAGUUUGGGGUCUGUGUGACAAUGGCUGAUGUCUGCUUCGAUCUUCAAUAGCCCCACACAAAAAAAAUAAAAAACUAUAUAAUUAAACUACGGCCGUUGAAAAACUUGACUGAUUUUUUGAAAAUCAAACGAACAUUUGAUCGGUUCGGCGUUACCCAGAACGAAAAACCGAACCCUUGAACUCAAACCUGCUGUCUCCUUUUUUCUGUCUUACGGAUCUCGCAACCGGUUUUUGGAUUUCAGAUCGUUCGUCUUGACUUACGAAAUAUACCAUUCCAGAAACGACAUCUGUCAUAAAACAAGAAAUCAGUUUCCAUUCGGUCCAUUGCCUUAACCGUUUGCCAUGACAGGGUCUUCUUAUUUAUAUCCUGAGUUCUUGACCAAGGAUCAACUUGCCAAUCUCAAGUUGUACAAGUAUGCAGCGAUUGAUCGUUCACUGACUACCAAGUACGUGCUGAAGCACUACUGGAAUUGGGUCAUUGAACUAUUUCCCAUGUGGAUGGCUCCCAAUUUGAUCACCUUGACAGGUCUCAUGUUCAUGAUGUUCAAUGUCGGUGUGGCGAUGGUUUAUUCUCCCGAUAUGGUGGACGGUCCUCGGUGGAUUUAUUUCAGUUUUGCAGCAGGGUUGUGGUUGUAUUCCACAUUUGAUAAUGUGGACGGCAAACAAGCUCGACGUACAGGAACCUCGAGUCCUCUCGGUGAAUUAUUCGAUCACGGUUGCGAUGCGCUCAACUGUUCCUUUGCAGCUAUCCUUCAAGCAACGGCGGUCGGCCUGGGUAACUCGAUGACUAGUGUUGUUCUCUAUGGUCUCGCCAUGCUCGGCUUUUACUUGUCGACGGCAGAGGAAUAUCAUACCGGUAUCUUGUAUCUUGGAUACGUCAAUGCUCCCACGGAAGGUGUUAUUAUUUCCUGUCUCGUCUUUAUACUGUCUGGCAUUUAUGGACCUGGAUUGUGGCAAAAUGCUCUCGGUGAUUACGUCCGUGUACCGGCGGCCCUUGCCAAUGUCACCCUCGCCAACGCUUUGGUAGGCUGGCUUGUGCUCAUGUUUCUUUUUACACAUGCCCCUGUAUGUUUUUAUGCAAUGUACAAAGCAUGCCGCAAGAAUGAAAAGCCAUUUUUGCAGACGAUGAUCAUCGAAAAUAUGCCCAUUGCCCUUUAUAUCUCAGCAUUGUUUGCAUGGGUAUCUUCACCUUACUCUUACAUUCUUUCGCAUCAUCAUUAUGCUUUGUUUGCCAUCACAACUGGUUUUGUGUUUGGUCGCAUGGCAUCAAAAAUCAUUUUGGCUCACCUUACCAAAUCGAGAUUUCCCAGAUUCACCAUUCAACUCGUGCCGUUGGUGGCAGGUGCAGUGAUUGCUAACCUUCCGAGAGUUUUUAACAUCUCUCCUAUCUUUACACCUGCUUCUGAAUUCAAGUAUAUUUGCGCAUUCUUUGCAUUUGCACUGAUUGCUUAUCUUCGCUGGGCUUCGCUUGUGAUCAACAGCUUCUGCAAUUACUUGGGCAUUCACUGCCUGACGAUCCCCAAGCGAACCAAAACAUUAUAGAUCGGGUGCACAGCAGAUGGUUUCGACUUGUUGAUGUAGGUCUUGCCCUCUUUGAUCAUCAUUUUUUUUAUUCCCCCCUCCCCUUUAUUUUGUUUCUCAUUCGGAAAUCAUCAUGAUUAUCCGCCAACGACUUCCCUUGCAUCUUAUCAUGAUCCUCGUUUACCCAUUUUUCCACCAUCAUUAUCAUGAUGCAUCUCAUUUGAGUAUAUCGUACACAAAUGAAUGAUGCUUUUUUCUUUAUUUACAAAUAAAUAUGCAGACUUGCUUUUUUACAACCAUUU